UUUCAUCAGCUUACAUCGAUCGAUUGAUCCCGGCUCGCAUCGUCAUCAUCUUCAUCUUCAUCAGCUCCACGCAGACACAGACAGACAGACAGACAAUCUAGAAUCCAACCAUGUCUCAAGUAAUGGCCUCACUCUCCAACACCUUCCUCGGCUCUUCCCAAUCCGUCGCCGACCUCACCGCCGCCCCAUCCCCAACCAGAUCAUCAUCAGCUCCCCUCAUCAGCAUCCGCGCACACCACCACAUCCCCGCCGACACCGACCCAAGCCGCCGGCGAGCCCUUCUAGGCCUCGCCGCCGCAGGGAUUGCCUCCGCCUCCUUCGUCCAAGCCGUCCUCGCCGACGUCAAGGCCAAGUCCAUCAAGAUCGGCCCGCCGCCCCCACCCUCCGGCGGACUCCCUGGAACACUAAACACGGACAUUGCACGAGACCUGGAUUUGCCUCUGAAAGAUCGAUUCUUCAUCCAGCCAUUGCCGCCGGCAGAGGCUGCCAAAAGGGCGAAGGAUUCCGCCAAAGACAUAGUGAAUGUGAAGGAGCAGAUUGACAAGAAAGCUUGGCCCUACGUCCAGAACGACCUCCGUCUGAGGGCGGAGCUGCUCCGCUACGACCUAAAAACCAUCGUCUCCGCCAAGCCCAGGGAGGAGAAGAAAGCCCUCAAAGACCUCAUCUCUAAGCUCUUCCAGACCAUAAGCGAUCUGGAUCAUGCCGCCAAGAUAAAGAGCUCAUCGGAGGCAGAGAAAUACUACGCUCAGACUGUCUCUGCACUCAAUGAUGUUCUUGCCAAGCUUGGAUAGGGCCCGGCCCGGAUUAAUUCGACAACCCGGCCCCACUGCAACUGUUAUUUUGUGUAAAUUAAUUUAUCAAUUUCAUUGAUUCAACCUGUUUCUGGAAUAUUUAAAUUAUUAGUUCUACUUUUAUAUUUUAAA